AUGUUGGGUGUAGUGGUGUCCACAACGUUACCGAGGCCAGACACUCCACUUGUGGUAAUUAUUUUCGUUGAUAAAGAUCUUCCGCUGUAUUACACGAAGAAUGUCAACCGUUCCGUGCAAACUAGAAUGUCAAAGGAAGAAAGAAAGCGAAUGGACAAGCUUGUUAAACAGAAGGGCUUGGAGUUCGGCGAUUGGAUUUCCUUCCAAGAAAAAGAUGUUAGGGGAAGGGUUAUCGAUGAGUAUGAAAAAAUUCGACCUGCCAUGGAAUGUCGUAUUAAUGGUGAGCAUAUGCAGGUAAGCCUUUAUAGAGAUACAUCAGUAUAAAC